AUGUUUGCUAUACGGUCAUCCGCUUGGCGACUGACUUCUUACGUGGCAUUAAGUCCCGUCCAAGCUUUCCAGUUACGAUCAGCCUCCCGAAAAUCUUUCCAGCGCCAUUCUGCGAAUGCGCCAUUCCCCGCGAUAAUGCAAAACAAUCCUAAGAAACAAUUCGACGGCAAGAAGAAGUUCAAGAAGGCCAAAGUCGAUAAGAACAAGAGCAGUGGGCACGAUGAAGUUCUUCUUUGCGAUAUCAACAACCUUCUGAAGCGCAACGAACCCGAGCAGGACGAAACCAAUGGCGAGAACGCACCUGUCGCCGUCCCGGAGAAGUUCACUGAGAUCGAUGUCAAGAUUGCUGAGCUUUCAUCCACAGGUGAUGGUCUCGCGCUUUCUGAGAACAAGAAAUAUGUCUACGUUGUUCCGUUCACAGUCCCCGGCGACACUGUCAGAGUCAAGGUUGUCAAGCACUUCGAGCCGUUGUCGUACAGCUUGACCGAUUUCGUCAAAGUUAUCGAGCCGGGCCCCCAAAGAAACGAUUCUUUGAUUAACUGCAAGUACUUUGGCGAGUGCUCCGGGUGUCAACUCCAGAUGAUGUCCUACGAUGACCAGCUUGCACACAAGCGUCGCAUCGUGGAGAAGGCAUAUGCCAAUUUCUCUGGAUUGAUUCCUGAGCUUGUGCCUACCAUUGGCGAAACAUUUGCCUCGCCAAUGCAGUUUGGAUAUCGCACAAAGCUCACGCCCCAUUUCGCACAUGGCGGCGCCAACAAGAAGGCAGACGAGGAGGCGCCUGUUCCCCCCAUUGGAUUCACAUACAAGAAUCGACGCCUGGAUAUGGAUAUCGAGGAUUGUCCCCUCGGAACGGAUAUUGUUCGCCGUGGACUCACCACUGAGCGCAAGCGUGUUGCCGAGAACAUUCGCUCUUACAAGAGAGGUGCUACUCUCCUUAUGCGAGAGACGACCGCGCGCGUUCCCAAGGAACCCUCAGCUGCCACAGACUCGGAGACACCCAAUGUUGAAGGCAUUCCUGCCUCUGUAAAUGCAGACACUGGUGAUGUCAUUCGCACCGAGCGCGAGAACUACAUUGAAGAGAAGCGUUGCAUUACAGACAACAACGCCACCUCUUUCGAGUACAUUGAUGAUUAUGUCUUCAGCAACAAAGCAGGUGCUUUCUUCCAAAACAACAACUCCAUCCUGUCCGGCUUCACAGAGUACAUCCGCUCGCGAGCCAUCCCUCCUGGAAACGACCAGGAUGCAAAGCCGAUCAAAUAUCUCCUCGAUGCUUACUCCGGCUCAGGACUGUUCACUAUCACCCUCUCUCCGCUAUUCAAGUCUAGUCUUGGUGUGGAUAUCGGUGGCGAUUCUAUCAUUUCCGCGCGCGAGAAUGCUCGUGCAAACAAGCUUCCCAACACUGGGUUUGCUGCUGCGGAUGCCGCCACUCUGUUCAAGGAUGUUCCCUACCCACCCGACCAGACUUUGCUGGUCAUUGAUCCUCCUCGCAAGGGAUGUUCUGAGGAUUUCCUGCGCCAGAUGCUUGAAUUCAAGCCCCGUCGUGUUGUCUACGUGAGCUGCAAUGUUCACACUCAGGCUCGCGAUGUCGCUGUUAUGGUCCAGGGUGAUGAAAAGCAGAAUGUUCGCUAUGAAAUUGAGAGCAUUCGCGGCUUUGAUUUCUUCCCUCAAACUGGUCAUGUGGAAGGUGUUGCCAUCCUUAACCGGACUGCUUUCCCUCAGGCCGAGACUGUCUGA